AUGCCAGCAGUUUCUGGUGAGCACGAUGUGCAUUUUCUCCAUGCGCGAGAAUGGCAAAAGACUGUCGGCAACUCGGGCAUGACGCCUACUGCAUUUAGCUUCUUGAUUCCUGUAUUUGUCGUGGCCAUCAUAGCGCCUUUUCUAUGCAUCUUUUGCAUUCGCAAACGACGGCGAACACAGAUUCCUGUCACAACACGGCUAACAACAAAAGUCAAGAAGCCUGCGCUUAGACGAGAAGAAGCAAGAGAAAAGCUUAAAGAAGUCACUGAGAUAUCUUCGCAAGCAAGCGAUGUUGGAGAAGAAAACCGAGAGAGGCCCGAAGGAGAAUCCCAGUCUAUAUCCGAGAAAGAAUGUGCCAUAUGUCUCUCAGCCCUCUACCCACCAUCGCUGCCAGAGCCUGCGAAACUCUCACCAGAAACACCUAAUGCCGACACUCCCGCACCUUCGUCCGUGACAUCCGAUCAACCUCCAUCCACCAGCCCAACCACCACCACUGCCACCCCUCCCACCUCCACCCCCCAAUCCGACUCGGAACCCAUCCUUAAACUCACCGUUUGCUCCCAUGAGUUCCACGCUGAAUGUCUCGUAUCCUGGUUCGUCCUGCGCAAAACCAGCUGCCCCAUCUGCCGCUCCAUGUACAUGAGCAAAGAAGAAAUGGACAAAUACGACGAGGAAGAGCAAAUCGCCCUCGGCGGCACUCCCUCUACCACCGUCGCAACGCCCACUCCGGAUCUCGAAGCGCAGCAGACGGCAGCGCAGCCGGAAGCAACGGCUACGGUGCGCAACUGGCAGUACUUUUUGUACGGCCGUGAUGCAUAUCGGCGGGCGAGAGAGAGACAGACUGGGGCGCAGACGCAGAGUCAACCUGCCGUCGAGAUGCAGACUCAGUCUGCGACUGGUGGCGAGGAGAGCCAGCAAUCUGAUACUGAGGCUGCGCCUGUGCAUGCUGAAGCGACAACACAGCAAUCGGAGCAGCCGGCUAGAUCAAGAUGGCAACGAUUGUUCAGACGGGGCUGA